GCUGGUGGUGAAGGCAGAAGGAGCGCAGGGUGCAAAGAACCAGCCUUCACCUCCACUUCGCUUGUCCACCAGCUGCCCUCCAAGAGUUAUGGGGAAGGGCCAGAUGCUUGGGGGACCCAGCGUCUUUCUCCUGUUGCUCUUCCUCCUUCCUGGGGACACCACCACAUCCACCACAGAACCGCAAUACUUGGUGCUGGUGCCCUUCCUGAUCCACACAGAGACCUCUGAGAAGAUCUGCAUCCAGCUGAGCCACCUGAAUGAAUCAGUGACUCUGAGUGUCCUCAUGGAAUACGGAGCAGAGAACAGAAGCCUGUUCAGAGAAGUGGUGUCGAAGAAGGAUGAGUUCAAGUGUGUCCCAUUCCAGCUUCCAAGAUGGGAUGGCUCUACGGGCUCCUCAGAGGUUUAUCUCACAGCGGAGGUGAAGGGAGCGACACUGAAGUUCUGGAGCCGGAAAAGGGUGCUGGUUGUGAACCAUGAGAGCCUGACCUUUGUCCAGACAGACAGGCCCAUCUACAAGCCAGGAGAUAAAGUUCAGUUUCGUGUUGUCUCUCUGACCACUGAUUUCGGACCCGUCAAUGAGCAGAUUCCUGUAAUUUACAUCCAGGACCCCAAGAGGAACCGCUUGAUGCAGUGGCUUGAGGUGGAGCUGGUGGGGGGCAUAGUCCAGCUCGACUUUCAUCUCUCCAAGGAGCCCUCCCUGGGAACCUAUAAAGUGAUGGUGCAAAAAGCCUCCGGGAAGAAAGUGGAACAUCCCUUUGAAAUGCAGGAAUAUGUGUUGCCCAAAUUCGAGGUUUUGGUGAAGGCGCCCGAGAUCAUAACGAUUCUGGCUGAGGAAUUCAAAGUGACUGUCUGUGGCAUGUAUACUUACGGGAAGGCUGUCCCUGGCCUGGUGAAGAUGCGUGUUUGUCGGAAGUACACCGAUUCUGGAAGACCUCAUUAUUACGAUUCUACAAGCCAAUGUUACGGGCCAGAGUCAGACGCUGUUUGCGAAGAGUUCAGUGGAGAGUCAGACAGCAAGGGCUGUUUCUCUCAAGUGGUGAAAACGAAGGUGUUCCAGCUGAAGCGGAUGGGAUACGCGAUGAACAUUGACGUGGAAGGCAAGAUUAAGGAGGAAGGCACAGAGGUGGAAUUGACCGGUUCGGCUUCCAUCGCCAUUACUCAGACUCUGAGCACAGUCACCUUUGAAAGAGUCGACUCUUACUACAAGCCUGGGAUCCCCUUUUUCGGGCAGGCAAAGCUCGUGGACGGUGCCAAUGUGCCAAUCGCCAACAAAACUGUUGAGAUUCAUGCGGAGCCGUCAGGACCCAAGACCAACUACACAACUGAUGCCCAAGGACGAGUCCAGUUUUCCAUAGACACUGCUAACUUCACGGAUGACUCGAUCAGGAUCCAGACAAUUUAUAGAUCGGACCCAAUGUGUAGUCAGUGGAACUGGCUCACUCCCCGUCACCAAGCUGCAUAUCACUCUGCAUCACGUUUUUAUUCACCGAGCCAAAGCUACCUCCACAUUGAGCCUGCUCCUGGGACGUUAGCCUGCAGUCACAUUCAGCAGGUCCGAGUGCAUUACGUCCUGAAGCCAGAUGAAAAGAGACUGCGUCGUGGAACAGACGGAGGUGAAGAGACAGAUAUUGUCUUUCACUAUGUGGUGAUGGCGAAGGGGAAUAUCAUGCAAUCGGGGACCCAGGUUCUUCCUAAGGAGCACAGAAAAGCUAAAGGGGUCUUUACUCUGGACCUCUCUGUGGAUGUGGAAACCGCUCCAUUGGCUCGUCUACUUCUGUACGCCAUUUUGCCCAGCGGAGAACUAGUUGCCCACUCGGCAGAUUUCGCCGUUGAGAACUGCUUUGCAAACAAGGUGAAAUUGUGGUUCCCUGAACCCGAAGGCCUCCCCGGCAGCCAAACUCAGCUUCAUGUUGCAGCCGCCAAAGGUUCCCUCUGUGCCAUCCGAGCUGUGGAUAAGAGUGUCUUUCUCUUGAAGCCUGAAGCUGAGCUUUCUCCUCAGACUGUUUAUGACUUGCUCCCUGUGAAGGAUCUCAGAGGCUAUUUCUACAACCACUACUAUUUGGAUGAACACAACAUUAAUCCCUGUGUGGAGAUGAAGAAGAUCAUUGUGGAUGGAAUCCGCUACAGCCCUGAGCCUUAUUCUUAUGGCGAAGGUGAUGCCUAUGAAAUUCUCAAGGACUUUGGCUUGAAAGUUUUUACAAGCACCAAGAUUCACAAGCCUGAAAUUUGCCAACACUACUCAAGAGGUGAAUUGAAUUAUGACGCUGAUGUGAACAGCCAAGGACCCCCAGCAGUUGGCAUGGCACGCUUGACAACAUAUGCUGGUGCUUCUGAGUUGAGUGACAGAAUUGGUGACAUAGCCCCUGCUGCUGCUCAAGCAACACCGCCUGUCAGGAGUAUCUUCCCCGAGACGUGGCUGUGGAUUGCGGUUAAACUGAUAGACCCUUUAUCAGAUGGGAAUGACUUCUUGUACAGCUCUGAGAAGUCUGGCAUUGUUCCAGCGCAGGCCACUCUGCCUGUGACCAUUCCGGACACCAUCACAGAAUGGCAGACGGGAGCCUUCUGCUUGUCGCAGGAUGUGGGCAUCGGCUUGGCCCCGAAGAUCGCCCUGAGGGCCUUCCAGCCCUUCUUCCUCGAGAUUACCUUACCCUACUCCGUGGUGCGGGGCGAAGCAUUCACGCUGAGGGCCACCCUCUUCUCUUACCUGCCACACUGCAUGAGGGUUCAUAUAUCUCUGGCUCCCUCCCCUGACUUUGUAGCUGUCUCCGUGGAGAAGGAGGAGAGCUCUCAUUGUGUGUGUGCAAAUGGAAGGAAGACGGUCUCCUGGAUGGUGACUCCCAAAUCUCUAGGGGAAGUGAACUUCACCACAAGCGCUGAGGCCCUGAACCAGCCCUGUGGGAAUGAAAUCAUGGAGACACUCACCAAAGGACAAAAGGACACUGUGAUCAAACAGCUUUUAGUCGAGCCUGAAGGGAUUCCAAAGGAGGUGGUCUUCAGCAAUCUGCUCUGUGCAGCCGAAAAGCCUCAGUUGUCGACAUCUGUAUCUUUAAAGCUGCCAGAAAAUGUUGUGGAGGGUUCAGCCAGGGCCUCCUUCUGCGUGGUGGGAGACAUCCUGGGCCCAGCUAUAGAGAACCUCCAUCAACUUCUUCAGAUGCCCUACGGUUGUGGGGAGCAGAACAUGGCCCUCUUUGCACCCAAUAUCUACAUCUUGGACUAUCUGAAUAAGACCGGGCAGCUUACCGAUGAGAUCAGAUCCAGGGCCAUUGGAUAUUUAGUGGCUGGCUACCAGAGGCAGCUGAACUACAAGCACUCUGACGGCUCCUACAGCACCUUCGGGCAACGUAGCCAGGAGACGGGAAACACCUGGCUGACGGCGUUUGUGCUCAAGUCCUUUGCCCAGGCCAAGCGCUACAUCUUUGUGGAAGAAAAACAAAUCCAGGACGCAGAGGCCUCCCUCGCUAUCAGGCAGAAGGAGAAUGGCUGCUUCCUUAGCACUGGGAGCCUCCUGAACAAUGCCCUGAAGGGCGGGGUCGACGAUGAAAUCACUCUGUCUGCGUACAUCACCAUCGCUUUUCUGGAGGUUCCUCUGCCUGUCACUCACUCUGUGGUGCGCAACGCUCUGUUCUGUCUAGAGACGGCGUCUCAGAAGAAAGACCUCCACGUUUACACCCGGGCCGUGAUGGCUUACGCCUUUGCCCUGGCUGGGAAGGAGGAGAAGAGGCAAGAGAUGCUGCACUUGCUUGAAGAGGUGGCUGUGAAAGAAGAGGAUGAUUCUCUACACUGGCAGCAGCCCGGAAAGCCAGAGGAAGACACUGACCGGCUGACACCUUGGCGCCGCCGUGCUCCUUCGGCAGAGGUGGAGAUGGCGGCCUACGUCCUCCUGGCUUACUUGAGCAAACGGCCGGCACCAUCUCAGAAAGAUCUGGCGACGGCCACCCGCAUCGUCAAGUGGCUCAGCAAGCAACAGAACCCCACAGGGGGAUUCGCUUCCACUCAGGACACUGUGGUGGCCCUGCAGGCCCUCACCCUGUACGGGGCCACUACCUACUCCAAGAAUAGCGCAGGCACGGAAGUGACCCUGAGCUCCGGAGGGAACUCUGUGAGAAAGUUCCAGGUCAACAGGGCCAACCGGCUGCUGCUUCAGUGCCAGGCUCUGCCCAAGGUGCCAGGGGACUACGACCCUGCGGCGACAGGAGAUGGCUGUGUCUACAUCCAGACCACCUUGAAAUACAAUGAGCCUCUGCACCAAGAGGACGCGCCUUUUGCCCUGGAAGUGCACACGGUUCCCGAGGCUUGCACCGGACCCAAAGCCCAAAGAACAUUUGACGUUGCUAUCAAUGUCAGCUACAUCGGCAAGCGCCCAGCCUCCAACAUGGCCAUCGUCAGCAUUAAGAUGCUCUCAGGAUUCAUCCCAGUGAAAUCAUCCGUUAAAAAGCUGGAAAGUCAAAAUCAGGUCAAGAGGACAGAAGUGAGCAUGAGUCGUGUCGUGGUGUAUUUGGAGCAGGUGACCAAUGUGACCCAGAGCCUCUUCUUCACGGUGGAGCAGGACAUCCGUGUCCAGCAUCUGAAGCCUUCCUGGGGGGAAGUCUACGAUUACUACUUACCAAAUGAAUACGCUCGUGCAGAGUACAGAGCCCCUUGCAGCAAAGCUGAAACUUCAUAGAGGGAUGCAUGAAGAAUGAAGCCCAUCUCCCCCUGGCAGACCCUGCUGGCACCUUCCUUUCACCAGCUGCCACGGGUGGACACAACAGCCAUGACAACAACACAAGACCGAAGAGAAGUAUCUCUCCAGACACAAUCUAAGAACAAAUCUGCUCCACUUUGCUUGCUUAUUCCACUGCUUGAUAAGCCCCCCAGACUCAGCCUGCUCUUGUAAUAGCCAGAAUAACAAGCUGAGAAGUGGUGGAAGAAGAGAAUGAACAGGUGGGGGAAGUCUGUAAAAAAAGCAAAAAAAGAAAAAAAAUCACACACUAAGAACUCACCAUUUGCUCAUUUUGAGAUCCUUCUGUACAUCUGCUACUAUUUUCCUCUCCUGGAUAAAAUAAAGAAAAAGAAUAUCUCCA